AUAUUUUUGUAAACGAAAUUUCGACCGAGAUGCUGUUGCAAAAGAAAAAGUUACACGAAUUGUGGCACCGUUUCUGUGGCAUGUUGUGCCUGGCCGAUCUGGUGGUGUUUGCCUGCUUGUGGGGAAGUGGAUUGUCCUUGGGUUAUUAUAUGAAAUCGGCCUAUGUGUAUGAUAAUCUGUGGCCACAUUGGUAUGCCCUAGUUGGUGGAUUAAUGGUUUUGGCCUUGGCUCUGGGCUGGAUUCUGCGAAAGCAUAAUAGACAGCAAUAUAGUUAUGAUCAUUACUAUAUCAUAUUCUAUGGUCUGUUGUGCUCCUUAAUGGGCAGUUGCUUUAUGCUUAGCAGACAGUUAACUGUCAGCUAUUACUUUAGUUUUGUGGGUCUAAGUGUCUUGUAUCUAGCAGGAUUUAGUUAUGUGAAUUUGCGAAGUGAUGCUUCAGGCAUGCGACCAGCUAGAAUAGCUCUGGCAAAUGCUUUGCACAUGUGUGGUUUGGCCAGCGGUUUCGUCAUCUUUAACGAAUUUGAGCCCCAGCAAUGUGGUCUGAUCAGUAUGAGUGUCUAUCUGAUAUUGCUAGUGUUGGUCUGUGUUAAUGAAUUGCUGCAGCAUUUGGGAAUUCAUAACUAUAAGCAAUCCAAGGAUUUGGUGUUCAAUCUAUUAAACGAAGAGCGUAUGGUCUUUCUGCCACGUCAAGCAGUUUUGGCCCAAUUUGUGGGACGCCGGGACUAUCAACUGUUGGCCAGUCGUCAAUGGUUAGUUUUGCUGCUUGGUGGUCUACUGGUGACUCUUCAACGCUGUUGCCUGUUGUAUUCACCCGUGUAUUUACAGCUCAUGUGGAGCUCUACAGCAGGCUAUGUCCAGCGUUCACAGUUGUUCACACCCUUCGUCCUGUAUGCCGCAGGCUGUGUCUUGGGUUCACUGCUGCUGCUUCGUUAUACACCCAAGCUGGUCUAUUUGCUGUUUGGAGUUAUCAAACUAACAUUGAUAGUGGCUUUGCUAUGCAUUUGGAGUGAAGAUCAAUCAGAGCAUUGCUUUUUGUUCCUUUGCUUGAUUUAUGCCACAAUGGGUGUCAUAUCUAGCCAAGCAUUGCAUUGGCUUCUCGAAUGCUCGCCAUUCCUUUAUACAGAGCUGUGUGUGGCUAUGGGAUUUGUCAUUCAACUUGGCGUAAUGGAGGCCUUCAAGUACGAAACGAACGUUGAUGAUGUGUGGACUAAUCUUUUGGUUAGCAGCUUGAUUGCUCUCCUGCUGACUACAUUGGCCAUUUUGGUUGUGGAAUGGCUGCAGCCACGUUCCGCCAGUCUUGUCGAUGUAAGAAAUCGCCUCAUGGGCAUUCGUCGACUCUCACAGCCGCAGGAGCAAACACAGUUUUGGCACACAAAUCACUUUCUGGUCCACAACAAGCAGCCGCAUGAAUUGCAAUCUGUGCAAUUGGCUAAAUCUCGCAUUUUCCAGCAAUAUCCGAUUUCUAGCAAUGACAUUACCGAUGUCGAUGGCGAUGCUGCCAAAACGACGGACAAGUUUUGAUAAUAAAAUGGUUUUUACGUUUUGUA